AUGUCGAAUCUCAAGCCCCUGCGCAUCGUAAUCGGAUGCGACGAUGCCGGCGUCAACUACAAGAACGCCAUCAAAGCCGACUUCGAGAAGAGCGAUCUGGUGGCCUCGGUAACGGACGUCGGCGUCGACGCAAAUCACGAUAAAACCGCCUACCCGCAUAUCGCCGUCGACGCUGCCAAGAUGGUCAGCGAAGGCAAGGCGGAUCGCGCUCUGCUAAUUUGCGGUACUGGGUUGGGUGUCGCCAUCAGUGCCAAUAAGGUCCCCGGCGUUCGUGCUGUCACGGCACACGACAGCUUCAGCGUCGAGAGGGCGAUCCUUAGCAAUGAUGCCCAGGUCCUGUGUAUGGGUGAGAGGGUGGUUGGCUUGGAGGUUGCCCGGAGAUUGGCCAAGGAGUGGCUGGCCUACCGCUUCGACCCAUCAAGCGCGAGUGCUCAAAAGGUUCAAGCCAUUACGGAUCACGAGAAAAAGAACUUUGAUUUGCAGUAG